UUUUCUUCAAACCCUUCUCGAGCCAACGCCCACCUCCUCGCCGCCACUGCGCCCUCACGAAUGCUCACCUCUUCCCUACUCUCCUGGCCGUCACCCUCCGCUGGUUUCCGUCGUCGCCUUCCUCCCCAUCAUUACGGGGCGUCGGCCAUCCCCUCUCCAAUCUUCCUCAGCACCGCUGGGAACCCUCGCCGCUAUUUUUAAUCCAUUAGACCCAGGGAUUUAGAUCGCCGCGCUUAAGAGAUGGUUCGCAGUCUCAAGAACCCUAAGAAGAGCAAGAGAAAGAACAAGGGAUCAAAGAAGGGUGAAUCUUCUUCUGUGCCAUUGGCACCUGCUAAGGUAUGGCAGCCUGGUGUUGAUAAGUUAGAAGAGGGAGAAGAGCUUCAAUUUGAUCCUUCAGUAUAUAAUUAUCUUCGUGCAUUUAAUGUCGGGUGGCCUUGUUUGAGUUUUGACAUAGUGCAUGAUUCAUUGGGAUUGGUCCGGACAGAGUUUCCACAUACAGUAUAUGGCAUUGCAGGGACCCAGGCUGAGCAAGCAUCCUGGAAUUAUAUUGGAAUUUUCAAACUCUCCAAUAUAGUAGGAAAGAAGCGUGAAUUAGUGCCUGCUUCAUCUGCUGAUAAUGACACUGAUAUGGAUAGUGAGAGUAGCAGUGAUGAAGAUGAAGAUGAGAGUGAUAAAUCUAUGCAACCUGUUCUAGAGCUUCACAAGGUGGCUCAUCAGGGUGGUAUAAAUCGCAUUCGCUCGAUGACACAAAAACCUCAUAUUUGCGCAACAUGGGCUGAUACUGGUCAUGUGCAGGUCUGGGACUUCAGCUCGUUUCUUAAUGCUUUAGCAGAAUCUGAAAGAGACACGAGUAGUGGGGGUAAUAGUUUACAUCGGCUCUCUCCCAUAAUAAAAUUUGGUGGACAUAAAGAUGAAGGCUAUGCAAUAGACUGGAGUUCUGUUGUUCCCGGAAGGCUUGUCUCUGGUGAUUGCAAUAAUUGUAUUCACCUAUGGGAGCCCUCAUCCGAAACAUGGAAUGUGGAUAUGAGUCCUUUUGUCGGGCAUGCCGCAAGUGUGGAAGAUUUACAAUGGAGUCCAACAGAAGCUGAUGUUUUUGCCUCUUGCUCGGUGGAUGGAACAAUAGCAAUAUGGGAUACCCGGAUAGGAAAAUCACCAGCAGUUUCUUUGAAGGCACAUAACACCGAUGUCAAUGUUAUUUCAUGGAACCGGUUGGCUAGCUGUAUGAUAGCCUCUGGAAGUGAUGAUGGUGCUUUUUCAAUUCAUGAUCUUAGAUUGAUCAAGGGGGACUCACUAGUGGCACACUUUGAGUAUCACAAGCACCCCAUCACAUCCAUUGAGUGGAGUCCUCAUGAAGCAUCUACCUUAGCUGUUUCAUCUGCAGAUCAUCAGUUGACGAUAUGGGACCUUUCAUUAGAGAAGGAUGAGGAAGAGGAGGCUGAAUUCAAAGCCAAGAUGAAGGAGCAAGUGAAUGCCCCCGAAGAUCUACCACCACAGCUCCUUUUUGUUCAUCAGGGUCAAAAGGAUUUGAAGGAAUUGCACUGGCAUACACAGAUCCCAGGGAUGAUCAUAUCAACCGCAGCUGAUGGCUUCAAUAUCUCGAUGCCUGCUAAUAUUGAUACCACCCUUCCAUCAGGUGGUGCAUAAAUAUCUGACCGACAUGCGUAUCAGUGUUGAAGAAUGGGUCAGUUGCAAGCAAGUAUCGAGAUAGCCUUGUUUUGUUGGCUUGCACAGUUUUGAUCAAUGGAGGUAUUUUUGGGUAGAAAAUCCUUUUUUGGUGGGUUGCAGGGAUUUCUGCUUGUUCAUCUGUUAGAAGUACAUUGGGAGAUGUCCAUCACUUCCUGUUUUCAAGCACCCAUGAAUUAUUGUAAACGUUGGAAGGUGAAGUGUCAAGUACCAUCUAAACAUAUGAGCUUUCCUGUAUUUAUAUCGCUAAUAACAAUAAGAUAUUCUAUUAUCUAUGAUUAUGAUUGUACCAUUCACUUAGCUGUUUAAAACAAUCUUGUCAGUGCUGUUGUGCAUGCAGCCAUCAUUG